AUGCGUAAUAUUACACACGUGAACCAAAUCGUGUCUGGCGCAGGUAGUAAUUCUUAUAUUCAAAUUGCCGGUCCACCUAACUAUACUGCUUCUUUGUCUAUAAUAACUCCCAAGGAUGAUAAUUCAUCCGAUAUGUGUUCGUGCGCAUAUGAUUCAAGCUGUAAAUCGAAUUGGGGCUUAUUUAGUGGAAAUCCAGUGUAUAUCCGAGUAUAUUCUGUACCUGAAUUCUAUUUUGCGUGCGAACCAGUUGAAUCACUUCUACAAUCAACACUUAAAUGUUUCUAUGACGAUCAAGACUGUUUGGACAUUAUUAUCAACUUUUAUAAUGUAUCAUCCUUUAACAACUUUACUCGACUCAAUUCUUCUUCUCAUGCAAGUGGUUUCAUGAUAAAUAGUACAAUUGGUUCUCUACUAUCAGAGAUGUUUAUUGAAUCUUGGUCUGAAUCUACAAAUUAUUCAUCCUAUUUUGAUCAAUGUCAACCAUCGUCAUGUUCCUAUACGAUUCCACAACGCAAUAGUUUACUCGAAACAAUAACAAGAAUUGUCGGUCUGAUCGGUGGACUGUCUGUAUCACUGCGCAUUCUUGUUCCAUUUAUGGUCAUGGCAUGUAUGGGAGUUAUUCGACGCUUGUGGUCCCAACAUCAACCAGCACUCACAGAAGCGACUCGUCCUCUAUCACAUUUUAUGAGAGUUGGUAAUAAGAUUCGAGAUGGGUUGCAGAAAGUAAAUGUAUUCGAAGAUACAAACCGUACAGUCACUAUUCAACAACAAUGUGUAGCAACACGUAUCUAUUUACUUCUUCUCGUCAUAUCAUUAUUCAUUGUCGUUCUCUACACUUCGUUGACCUAUUAUUUGAAUACAUUCACAAUAACAAAACCAUCUCUUGAACAAUAUCAACAAUUACAACAACGCUACGGAUCAGAUGCUGUUAGUUGUCCAUGCUCUCGAUUGUCUAUUGCGCAUUCAUCAUUUAUCACAUUGCAAUGCAACUUUCAUCCUGUUUGUACGAGUCCUUUCAUCUCUGAUCCAUAUCUACAAGAAUUGUUUCAAUUAUACAAUGGUUUGGAUUCAACAUAUGCAACAACGAACGCAUUCACUCUUCAAGGCACUAUUUUCAGUCAUUUUCAAGCUCUUCGUGCCUUGUGCAAUUUGGUAAAAGAUUUUGUCAAUGAUGCUGAACAACAAUAUCUUGUUUCCUCCAUCAUCUCCACCCUUAUGAUUGACCGCGAUCUGUUCGAGAAAGAGACAAAUGCAUCACUCAACGAAUUCCAGUCAACAUUACCGAAUUCAUUUCUAAAUUCGUUUCAGAUGAUACGUGGUCUCAUGCAAGGUAACGGAUUCAUCUCCGCCUAUUCGACAAACUGGUAUUAUGUUACCAAGAAUAUUGUUCUACAGGCUAUCCUUUAUCUCAAACCACAGUAUUAUGGCAGUGACAUGUGCAAUUGUGCAACAUUAUCGACAUGUACUCAAUCGUCGACACCUUAUAUUAAAGGGUAUCUUGUUGGUUGUACUCCACUUGAAUCACUCCUUCAAAGUACACUCGAAUGUCUCUACGAACAGUCUUGCAUUGAUCUUCUUACUACCUAUUUGAAUAUGUCUUUAUCCAAUCAUCUUCUACCAUUGAACAAAAGCGAAACUCGUUUUUCUUCAAAUGAUACCGUUAACUAUAUUGUUGAAAAAAUGUUUGUCGAAACAUGUUUAUCAAAUGUCUCAUAUAAUCAAUUUUUCGAAGAAUGUAAACCUGAUUAUUGUUCAGUGACAGUAUUCGAAACAGCCAGUUUCGUCAUUGUUAUCACCACGAUUCUGGGUCUUUAUGGUGGACUAACAACUUUUCUCAAACUUGUCGUACCCUUUCUUGUCUUUUCAACUUACAAAUUAGUCAGAAAAUACAAGCAACGAGCACAAGUUGGAAUUCAACAGAUUCCAGUGACUUCUUUGGAUAAUAACACGGUAUCAGUUGACAACACCGAUCAUGCCGAGCGUCUUUUCAUCAAAUCCAACCAACAUUCAGAUCUCAGUUCAAACACCCUGGAUCCAACAAAUGUUUGCACUGAUGCCGUGGCCGCAGGAUUGGUGUUCACAGCUCCAUCUAUCUCAACAAGUUUCCUUACAUCAAUACUACGCUAUCGAAAGAUCAUCGUUGGGUUUAUAGUGUUUAUAAUUGUGGCAGCUGCCAUCAUUAUUCCAUCUGUUUAUCUUACUCGAGAAAAACAGGGAGAUGAUCAAUCUGUGCUGACAGUCGUAUCGUGUACAAAUUUGACUUUUGCAGCAGCAGUUCCAUAUUCAGUUGGAACUAAACCUCAGAUGACUGCCAUUGGUGAUUUCAAUGGCGACGGAACACUAGAUCUUGCCGUUAUCAAUUAUAGUGGAAAUACUGUGAGCGUGCUCCUUGGAGUCGGGAGUGGGCGUUUUGGAUCACAAACAACAUUUCCAACUGGUCUUAGUCCCGCCUCGAUCGCUGUCGGUGAUUUCAAUGGUGAUGGUCGAUUAGAUCUUGCCGUUGUCAACAAUGGUGACAACACCAUGAGUGUGUUAUUUGGAACUGGUAGUGGAAGUUUUGGACCACAAAUGAUUUACACAACUGGUCCUCACCCGUACCAAAUCGUUGUCGGAGACUUGAAUAGUGAUGGUCGAUUAGAUCUUGUUGUUGCCAACUUUUACUCGAGCAAUGUGGGUGUGUUUAUUGGGAUUGACAAUGGAUAUUUCGGACCACAAACAACAUACCCCACUAUCGGUAAUCCGACCUCCGCUGGUAUCGAUGAUUUUAAUGGUGAUGGUCAUCUGGAUCUUGUCGUUACCAGCCAGUCCUGGGCCACCAUAAGUGUUCUACUUGGAACCGGUACUGGGACUUUUCAAUUACAAGCAACGUUUUCAAUUAAUUCGAUACCGUGCAGCGUCGCUACCGGUGAUUUUAACGGCGAUGGUCGAAUAGAUCUUGCCGUCGCUAACGCCUACCCCUCGUUGAUCAAUGUGGGUGUACUUCUUGGCAACGGUGAUGGAUCUUUUGGAUUACAAACCACGUUUACCGAUGGGUCUAGUCUUACGCUGAAGUGGAUCACUGUUGGUGAUUUCAAUGGUGAUGGUUUAAAAGAUAUUGCUGUCUCCAACUCUUUCCCAGUACCCAACGUUGGUGUGCUCCUUGGGUCCGGUAAUGGAUCUUUUGUAUUACAAACCACAAUUGCAACUGGAUCGGAUUCUUCACCAUAUGGAAUCGCUGUCGGUGAUUUCAAUAACGAUGGUCGACUAGAUCUUGCUGUUUGCGAUCGUAAUGCAAAGAACCGUGUGAACAUUUUUCUCAAUACAUGUACAUGA